UCCCCAGACCCCGGCGGUGACGCAGAGCCCAGCGGUGGUUUCCCAACCGGGAAGUCAUUUUGUGAGUGCCGGCACAGGCCGGGCCUGAGCCGCCCUCGCCGGGGCCACCCCGCGCCCAGCUGGGCUGAGGACCGGACACAGCUCAUCGCAGGGGUGGGCUGAGGGCGUGGGGGGGGGCGUGGGACCCCCCCCAGAGCGGGGAAUUGGGGCGGCCUGCAGCCCGUGGGACCCGCCGGCAGAACCGCCCGGAGCUGGGAGAGCGGCCGGAGCCGGGAGAGCGGCCGGAGCCAGUGGCCGGAGCCAGUGGCCGGAGCCAGUGGCCACCGUCGCCCUUCGCUGGGCACGAGGACGUGAGGCCCCGUGCCCGCCGGCCGCUCCUGCCCACGCCGUGCCAGCCCCAGCGGGUGCCCCGAGGUGUCCCCAUGGAGUGACCCCGCGGGGGUCUCGGCACCGGGGGGACCCUGGCUCCCACCACCAGCAUGAGCGACUUCUGGCACAAGCUGGGCUGCUGCGUCGUGGAGAAGCCCCAGCCCAAGAAGAGGAGGAGGCGGAUCGACCGCUCCAUGAUCGGGGAGCCCAUGAACUUCGUGCACCUGACACACAUCGGCUCCGGGGACAUGGCUGCGGGAGAGGGGCUGCCCAUGACCGGAGCCGUGCAGGAGAUGCGAUCCAAGGGCGGCCGGGAGCGACAGUGGAGCAACUCCCGGGUGUUGUAGCGUAUUCCUGGCGUUUUCAGCCCAAACUUGAACUGCCCCCCCCCGCCGGAGGAGAGGCCGCCCUGGAGCGCUGGAGCCCCGCGGGGUUUAUGCAGCACCAGCCUCGCCCAGCUCCCGCUGACUCCUGGUCCUCAUCCCCCCGGAAAAUCCCUCCUUCCCGGGGGCAUCGGGCCGGUGACACGGGGAGGGGGCGGGGACAGCAGCCCCCUCCUCCUGCCCCCCUGGAAAGGACCGUGCCAGGAGCUGCCAGGAGCUGCCAGGAGCUGCCAGGCGCAGCCCACGCCUGCCAAACCUCCCCGGCAUUCCCUCUGUCCGCUCCGGCGUGGCCUGGGGGCUGCCUGGCGGUGCCUCAGUUUCCCCAGGGAGAGGGUGCAGAGGUGGCUUUGGUGCCUCCUGGAACGGCACAGAGGAGCAAAACCGGGAUCAACCCACAACGUUCCGGUGCCAAAGCGGGGUCCACCCCGAGAUGUUCUGGUGCAGACCCAGGAUAUGGCGUAAAACGGGGAUCGAACCCCGGGGCUUCAGUGCAGAGCAGGGACUAAACCCCAGUGCUUUGGAGCAAAACCAGGAUUAAACCCCGACGCUUUGGGAUCAAACCCCGAUGCUUUGGUGCCAAACCAGGAUCAAACCCCGACGCUCCGGUGUCUCACCAUCACCGAGCCCGCAGUGCCUCCCCCCGGCGUUCCCACCACUGCCAAACUCCCCCCUUUUUUUAGGAUAUGUUCUUUUUUUUAAGCUCCAAAACCCACCUGAGCAGCCUCUGGCGGGGCAGGGCCGUGGUGGGGUCCCCUCCACCCAGGACUGUCACCUGCAGAGGCAGGACAGGGCCCGACCCCAGGAGGCUCCCGAAUUCAGGCGCGGGUGUACAUAGUUUAAUUAGCGCCAUUUAAUUAGGAUUAAAUGUUAAAACAGCC